UUUUUUAGGUAUAAAUAAGCGGUCGAGAUGCAUUCAAAUUCACAGUUAUUAUACACUCAAAAUGAUCCGUUUUGUAAGCGCUUUUUGUUUCAUAUUAAUCGUUGGCGAAGUGUUCCAGGUUCAAUGUGAACCGAGCAAGUUCGUCAAAGAAGACAAGCAUCUGUACGAUGUUGUGAAUGAGCAAGCAUCGCAAAAAUAUUUUGCCACCAAACGGAAAAUUAAUAAUAAUGACUUCAAGGUUUCAGGUGCUGAAGCGAAAAAAGUAUGGAUGUACAUUCGUCAUGGAACUCGAUCGCUGAAAAGAUUCGAAAUUCCAAUUUUGACUGGUCUUGAGUCUGUGGCCAAGCAAGUUGUCGAAAGUUUCAAAAAUGAAAAGAGCGUUCCAUUCUCGAAAAAUGCUUGGGAUAAGCUAAAGACAUGGAAAUUGGAUGUAAGCGUUGAUCGAAGCCAAUCCCAUGGAAAAGUUGAUAUGAUAACAUCAAGUGGUAAAACGGAGCUUGAAUCAGUGGCUAAAAAUUAUCAGGGCCGAUUCCCCAGCCUUUUUACCAACAAGUAUUCGCCAGAUCAAUUCCAUCUUCUCCAUUCGACCGAAGAGCGUUGCAAAGAGAGUAUGGAAGUAUUUUUCGGCAAAAUAUUCGGCAAAAAUGCAGCUGAAGGUAUUAAUGGAACAGUUGAAGGAACUGAGUACGAAGGAAUCGUUGAGGCCUACCGAGUAUAUGUAGACAGCGUGCAACCAGGUCAGCGUCCAGCAAAUGUGGAGCUACCAAAGUUCCAACAAUUACCCGCAUACAAAACGAUGGUUGAACGAAUCGUCAAGGAGUUCCGUUUAAAAGUCACCGAUUAUAACACAAAACAAAAAUUGGUCUCAAACAUUUUCGAUAUGUGUCGAUAUGAAGAAGCAUGGUAUUCAAACCAUAGUGCUUGGUGCUCGUUCUUCAAGGCUGAUGACAUCAAAAUGCUUCAAUACGGCGUUGAUUUGUACAACUUCUACGAAUGGGGCUAUGGUAUUGAUCAAAAUAAUAAAAUCCAAUGCCCAACCAUUCGUGACAUGGUAAAGAGUUUUGAAGGAGGAGCUGCACCAGUUACGGCAUACUUCACUCAUAUUCCAGAAGUGUCACUUCAUCUUGUUGCCAUGCAUGCAUACCCAGAAAAACAAAAGCUUACCGCUGACAACUAUGGCGCUAUGUCGAAACGAGUAUGGCAAAGUAGCAAAUUGGUUCCAUUCGCUGCCAAUUUUGCUGCCGUUUUGUACGGAAACAAUCAAGUGAAAUUCUUCAUGAACGAAGAAUUGGUACAGCUCAGCUGGUGCAAAAAAGGUGUAUGCAAUUUGAGUGAUCUUAAGAAGAAUUUCAGCCAAUGCUUCUAAAAUUCUUCAAAUUUUUAUCUGUCCUCUUUGAUUGAAUUAAUAAAUGACCCAAAUGUAUAAAAAUUAUUCUCAUGGCAA